AUGUCCCUAUCACGACCCCCAUUGAAACCAAUUCCAGGAAAUAAUCAAAUAGUGGCCAACAAAACAGCCUCUGCAAAGGAGGAUGUCCGUCGAUUCUUCAAAGAAAGCUACAACGUCGUCAUCUCAGAUAUGCUCUCCGAAAUUGAGCACCCCUUCAUCAUCCCUAUCGAGCUCUACCUCUCUGCCCGCGAACCAACAGUCUCACUAAAGGGGCUCGACUUGAUGAGUCAUGAUACAUACGACAUUAAAACGACAUUUUAUACGGCAACCUUCCUCGAUCCCGUGCGCGCCGAAAUCGCGGCAUUGAUCGAGUGUUUGUUGGGAGAUACGACGGUGUUGGAUGCGAGCUUUGACUGGGCCUAUGUGGGAGGAAUCGAGGUCAUGCCGACGGUUUUUAUUGAAGUGCCCGAGGGAACAGUGACGGAUUGGGCUGAGCUCGAGAGUGGGAUACGAGGGUUGUUGGCGAGGGGAGCAUCGAAGUUGGGCAUUGUGGUUGAUGUGCAGUUUCGGGUGAAGGGGGAUGAGAUCCCUCUAGAGAUUGGACUGAGUUUGAUCUGA